AUGCCUCCGCCGGCCUAUAUGCGUUCCGGCUCGGAGGCCUCAUUUCCGUCUGCGAGCGAUAGUCGAGAAGAUACUAAUACGAUAAAUGUAACUGGUUUAAGAGAGAAGAAACUAUAUGCAUUGAUUGGAUGCUUAGCAAUUCUAGCUAUUUUAGCGCUUUUAUUGUUGAUUAUAAAUAUAAUGAUCAUAGUUUCACUUCAAAUGAGUCAUCAUGGAAUGAGAUUUCUAAAAUUUCAUAAUGUACAAAACCCAAAGACUGGAGAAUAUGAAAAGGUAGUACAGUUUGAUGGGAACUUUGUAGACCUUGGAUCUGUUGUGACAGAUGGUAGUGUUGCUGGAUACAAGGAUAAAGACCUCUACAUCCAAGGAUCGAGGGUA